AUGGCCGCGGCCUGGCCGAGCGGCGAGCGGCGGAGACCCGGGAGCGAGCCGGGAGACAGCGAAGGACAGCGGGGAGAGAGAGCUGGCCAAUGGCCGUCCGAGGCGGGCCGCGCCGCUCCAAUGAGCGUAGGGCUGCGGCCGGAAGCGGAAGUGACGCUCAGGGGCGGGACCUUGAGAGAGGGCGGCGUGGCCAUGGUGCGGGCUCGGGGCGCUGCUGCGGCUCCCGCGCGGACGGCGGGGCCUGGGGCCUCGGGACGUCCUGAGCCGCGGGGACAGCGGCGCGGAGAGAAGAAGAAAGUAAAUUGCAAGCCCAGGAAUCAGGAUGAGCAAGAGAUUCCUUUCCGACUCCGAGAGAUUAUGAGAAGCCGUCAGGAGAUGAAAAACCCGCUCAGUAACAAGAAGAGAAAGAAGGAGGCCCAGACAGCUUUUAGGAAGACACUGGAAAAGGAAGCAAAAGGAAGGGAGCCAGACAUCAUUGUCCCCAAGUUCAAGCAGAGGAAGGGCGAGUCUGAUGGGGCCUACAUCCACCGCAUGGAGCAGGAAGCCCAGCAUGUGCUAUUCCUUAGCAAGAACCAGGCCACCAGGCAGCCAGAGGUGGAAACAGCUCCCAAGAAGGAGAAGUCUGAGCGGAAGAAAGCGUUCCAGAAACGGCGACUAGACAAAGCCCGUGAGAAAAAGGAGGCCAGAGCACUGGAGAAGCUGGAGCGAGAGUUCCUGCAAGACACUGUGAAGUUUGGAGAGGUUGUGAUGCAGCCUCCAGACCUGACAGUCCAGCCCAGGAGAAGUGUAAGCAAAGAGCAGCCUGGCAAGAAGUCAUUGAUACUGAAGACACUGGUGGGCUCUGGUGGCAUGUCCCAGCCCCCAGCCACCUCUCUAGCCCGGCAGCGGAUCCUGGGGGAGGAGCGAGAGCGGGCUGUGCAGGCUUACAGAGCCUUGAAGCAGCAGCAGCAGCAGCAAGGGACACAACUGCACAGAGGGAAUUAGGGGCCAAGAGCCUCUGGAAGCUGGCCUGGGAGCUGCUAUGCCUUGGUCGGGGAGAGGCAACAGAUGGGGUCUACUCUCUCAAAGCAGGCCAACCUUCAGGUCUUUUCACAUUUUCCUCCCUAAAGACUGUCCGUUUUAGAGUGACUACUUAUGGGUUCCUAUCUGACACAGGGUGAGAGUGCCCCAUAUAGUCCCGUCCUUGACCAAGAUACAGCUGGGAGAGUGGGCAUCUUCCUCCCCUGAACGCAGAAACAAACAGCACUCAAUCCCAUAAUCCAUCUGGUUAUUGAACCCUUUUUUUUUUUUUUUUUUUUCUUGAGGUAGGGUCUUACUCUGGCCCAGGCUGACUUGGUCUCAGGGUGGCUUUGAACUCAUGGUGACCUACUUCUGCCUUAUAAGUGCUGGGAUUAAAGGCAUAUCUCACCACACCUGGCUUGAUUAUUGAAGCUUUGAUGUAGGUCAGCCUGUAUCUAAGAGAUUCCCUUGGACAACACAACCCAGGACAGGCUGGGUAGAGCAUGUUCACAGGACAGUGGAAAAGUAGAUGCAGGGCAGGGCAGGUAGGUAGCACAUAGCCCACCUGUAAGGGGUCUGUACCAGGGGUCAAGUCCCAGUUCACAUUUUUUUUUGAGGUAGGCUUUUAGGCUUUUAUUUUAUUCUAGUCCAGGCUGGCCUCAAACUCACAGUGAUUUUCCUACCUCUGCCUCCCAAGUACUGGGAUACAAGGUGUGCGCCGUCAAGCCCAGCUCCCAGUUCACUUUUAGUCCAAGGCAGCAGGAGCCACAGGCCAGAUUUGGUUUAGAUGGAGACUGAUGGUCAUCCACACACCAGGAGGGUAGGAGCAGGUCUGUGUCCUAUGUAAGUCUCAGGAGAACCAGCCAUGCAGCAGGGCUGCUGAGAAUUCAUACCCUGGGAUAAGUUCACACAGUGCCAAAGGAGGAAACACAUGGCUGCCUGUCCAAGUAAGAAGGAAUGAGGAGCUUAAAGCUACAUAGCCAGUAUGGUGGCACACAUCUUUAAUCCCAGUACUGGGGAGGCAGAGGUAGGAGGAUCACCAUGAGUUAUGGCCACCCUGAGACUACAUAGUGAAUUCCAGGUCAGCCUGAGCUAGAGUGAAAC